CGGCCCGCUACACCUUUGCUUGUGAUUGGCUGCGUGUUACCACCCGCCAGACUGCUCGCGAUUUUGUUUCUGUGUUUUUUUCGGCUCUUUUUUUUUCGGCUCACUCAGCUGCAGGUUCUGCUGGCAGCGGCUCGGACGGAGCGACGCCUCUCACAUCCCGCUGUGUCCGCGCGUCGCUGCCUCACUUGGACCGAACUCGUCCGGAUGCUCAGCUGUCCGCCGGAGCGCUGCUGUCAGGUUGACCAGAUGGACGGCCGGCAGGUGACGACCAUGGAGCUCAAGCCGUGCAUCGAGUAUCACGACCUGGAGGCUGCCGAGGCGCUCGUCAGCAUGAGCUUCUGGGGUCAAAGGUCGCAUAAACCUCGCCCACUGACCCCCACCUCCGACUCCUGUGACUCCAUCCAUCUCCACCCGGAGGGGGGGGACGCUCCCAAAGACCUGAUCGCUCUGUCCUCGCUGUGUAUGACUCCGCCUCACAGUCCGAGCUUCGCUGAGGCCUCCACCACCGCUGUCCUCACCACCACCUCCAGUCUGAGCCCCGCCUCCAGACCGGUCUUACCCCGCCCCAGCUCUGGCCCCGCCCUCCUCCGUGACUCCCACGCCGGCUCCGCCUCCCCCACCUCAGAGACCUCAGCACCGCCGCCUCAGACAGACGUGUCCUGCGUGGCUCCGCCCAGCAGGGCGAUGGCCACCAGCGUCAUCCGCCACACCGCCGACCGCCUCAGCAUUCCUCCUCCUGCGCCUCCCUCCACCAGCCAGCCAACAGAAACCUCCACGCCACCACAGACUCUUCCAGAGGAGAAGGACGGACCUCCUGCGUCUCCUGACAGCUCGUCCUCUCCUACAUCCUCAACGUCGCCUCCUCACUCCUCCCCACCGUCUUCCUCCUCCUCUUCCUCUACAGUCUCCUCGUCUCCAGUCCUCUGCCAGGUCUUUCCAGUUAGCAGUCGGACCGGGAUGAUCUCCGCCUUUGUCCAGGCGCCGGUUCAGGUGCAGACUCAGGGGGGCCCCAAGCCCAUCCUGCCCCAGUCUCCUUCCAGCUUUGCUCAGCCUCUGCUGGUGGGCUCUGCUGUGCCGCAGGGGACCGUGAUGUUCGUGGUUCCCCAGGCGUCCGUCUCCCAGGCACCACAAGGCCCACAGACUGUCAUGACGCUGGGCAACACAAAGCUCCUCCCCCUCGCCCCGGCUCCCGUUUACAUGCCGACUGGAGCGAGUGGCGGCGCCUCGCAAGCUGACUUCUCCCGCAGACGAAAUUAUGUCUGCAACUUCCCCGGCUGCAAGAAGACCUACUUCAAGAGUUCACACCUGAAGGCUCACUUGCGCACACACACAGGUGAAAAGCCGUUCAGCUGUCACUGGGAGGGCUGCGACAAAAAGUUUGCCCGCUCAGACGAGCUUUCCCGCCACCGCAGGACGCACACAGGAGAAAAAAAGUUUGUUUGCAACGUGUGCGACCGGCGCUUCAUGCGCAGCGACCACUUGACCAAACACGCCCGGCGGCACAUGACCACCAAGAGGGCAUCCUCGUGGCCCGCUGAAACCCGAGACCUCAACAAAGUGGCACUGCCCAAGGGCCAAAACAGAGGCUCUGCACUUCCUGUCGGCAUGCUGGUCUCCACAUCCAACUAACAGACUCAGUCAGCAGCCCACAGGGCCAACUCAGGACCCUGGCGAAGGGGGGGAGGGGGCAACUGCCACCCAGACACUUCCAGGUUAAACUGUGACUGGAUGUUUCAAUCAGCUCCACAUCAGGAGGAUCUUUUCUACUCUACAAAUCAGACUCUUCUGGUGAACUCCGGCUACGUUUACGUGAAGAACAGGGUGAUUAGAACAUGCUAACUCUGCUAACUGUGGCUCACUGUCUCCGUCUGCUUCCCCUCAAAACUCAACCAACACACAAGUAGAUCCUGCAGGCGGCGCUAGAGGAAAGGCCAUGUGUUUACAUCUGUCAAAAGGUUUUGUCUUCUGAUUCCGGCUCAGCUGUACUCUGAGCUGCAUGCUACCAUUAGCAUAUUGAUAUGACAAUGUUAACUACACACGUCAUUCACAGUAAACAUGAGUGUUAGCGAUUUAUUAAUUUUUAACAUUCAGAUGUUUAUCUAGUUAACAUGCUAACAUGUCAACUUUAACAUGCUAAUGUUAGCAUGUACAUAGUUGAAAGGCCUUUACACACCGAGGGCGAGACAAAUAAACUACACGAGAAUGAAAAAUACUUGUGAACGUGUUCACACCAGCAGCAACGAGAACUGUAGUGUUGAAAUGACGUGUAGAAAAUCUCACUCUGAAAUGUGGAGUUGAGUUUAAAAAGGCCACGUUAGGACCCAGGAUCAGCUUUUGGUUGCUGACGUAUCCUGGUGACAGGUUGUAAGUGAGCAAACCUUCCACGGUUACUUUGAUGAAAGUAAUCAGAGCAUCACCAGAAAUGAUUCCAGUCAUGUAGACGAAGCCGGAGCAGCCAGCGGAGCAGCUCAGGACAUUUUACUCCCACCAACCACAAACUCACCGACGGAGGAGGAGGAGGAGGAGGAGGAGGACAGGAAGGCGACCGGCUGCUACUCAUCCACGGACAGAAACCAACAAAAACCUGACAUUGCACUGGAUUUUUUGAAUCUUGCUUGUUUUUGUACUCUCUCCGUGUAUAAUCAUGUUUACUUCAUGUGUAAAUGUCAUGUUUAGCAAAAUGUAUGCACUCUUGUUAUUUUUUGCCAAAGCCUCUGUAUCGUGCUUCUAUUAUUAGCCUACUUCUGUUCAUCGUUUGUGACUGUAAAUAAUGUAAAUAUAUUAAUAUCUAUAUGAAUGUUACAUGUAUUCCGAUCUGCAUUUAUUGACAGUACGAGUUAUUGAUAUUUUUAAAAUGUCAGUGGACAGUAUUCCUCACUGUGAUACUACCUACUAUCUUUGCUUUAUACAUUAUUAUUAUUAUUAUUAUUAUUUAAUAAACAUUUGUUGAGGAAAAAGUGCUGUUUUUGAUAUCUUGAUUUGGCCCAUAGUGUAGCCAGUAAGAAAAUACCUCAUGUUAUUAAAUGUUAUUCUUAAUAAUAACGGCUUAUAUCGAAAUAAUCCCAUUUCUGAACAUUUGCCUGUAAGCGAUGCUGAAGAACAUGGCUUUUAUAAUAAAAAUGUACCACAAAAUAUAAA